AUGUACCUGUUAACAAUCAAUUAUUCUCUGCAGUGCAAACAUUACACAAAGUCAAAUAAGAAACUGUAUAUUGCGAAAAUUAUGACUGAAUUCUACAGGGCUCCAGAGAUAUUCAGACAGAACGCCAUCAUCGUCAAGAAGAGUAGAAGAGAUAUUAGCGAUGACGAGAACAGUACUAUUGUCAGGCGGAAUUGCAAGAUAGAGGCUUCGAAAUUGAACAGUUCCUUGCUAAGGAAGGUUAGUGGUGAUUUGAACGAUGUCAUUGUCACGAAAAAAUUGAAGACAGAUUGUUGGAAACUGUCAGAAGACACUAGGGACGUCACUUCAAUGUCAUUGGAUAGGGACACCAUUCUACUUUCCACAUCACAGACAUCGGAUAAUUUACAGUUGUUCCAAUUGCGGAAUAAUGAAAUUAAUGAGCAGGCUCGCGGUGGGAAAUUGCUCCAUAGUUUACAAACCAUUACUGUUCCAGGAAAAUCUAUUCUGGCUACAGAUAUCAUGCAAUCGCAGAAUAAUGACACCGUAGUUUCCUUCGAUGAUAAAGUCCAUGACAGAAUCUUACUUUCAGGACACUCUGAUGGAUAUGUGAACUUAAUUGCAACUUCAAUCGAGAAUGGGAACGCCAAAAUUCUAAGACGUUUCAAUCAUUCCAAACAUUUGAAAGUGAUCACCGAUAGCAUGGAUAGUGUUGAUCUUGCUACGCAAAUUUAUAACACAAGUCGUUCAAAACCAAUUCGUCAUUUGAAGACCUGGAACAAGCAUCAUUUCACCUCUGUCAUUAACGAUUCGUUGUUUGUCUAUGACGUGAACCAACAGUGCAAAGACCCAUUAUACUUGAACAGUUUCCCCGGUUUGGAACACGUUGAUGUUAACCCAGUCAAUCCAUUCACAUUUUCUCUGACAGGAACGAAAUUUGGGCAGUCCGGAAUUGCAUUGUUGGAUCUUCGUUUGGGUGAUGGUAACGGAAUACGUGUCCCUGGACCUCAGGACAGCAAUGCCGAGUCUGGCAAAUGUUAUACUUCCAAAUGGUUAGAUGAAUAUACGGUCGUUAAUUCGGUCGGAAAGGCAUUGAAGAUAUGGGAUAUCAGAUAUGGGAAGGUUAGAGCACACCUGUUGGGUCAUAACGGACAUGUCAACAGUCUCGAUUACGAUAAUGAAAUGAAGAAAAUAUAUAGUACAGACGAUCAAGGCUUAAUAAUGUCCUGGGAUAUCAAAGAUUUGAAAUUCACCGACCAAGUAAUGUGUUGCAGACCAUCUCAUGGUAUCCAGAGCUUUGGAUUACCAGCGGACUGUGUGCAAAACGGUAACAUUAUUCAAUCUCCAGAUCUGGAAAGAAUCGGAAACAAGAAACAUCUAGGGAGUCAUUUCGUCGGCUUAGCAGACUCUCAUUUCAUAUCCUUGCAAGAUCAAGAGCUAAGAUCGUACUCGGUUGUUGACAUGCCAAUGGUUUUACCUCCACCAAGGAACCCAUUACGUCUACUCGAAUCCGUGUCGACCGAAACGAAAUCAGAACCUCCAGCUACUAUGGUCUACUCCAGUUCAGAUGAAACAACCAAGGAUAGUAGCAAUUCUGCGUUUGAAGAUUCUGAGGAUACUCUGGAAUACGAAGCCCAUUCUCCAAUGACGCCUGCACUAGAUAGCAUGUUUGACGGUAAAACCCAUUCAUUCGAUAUACCCACAAUCCCUCUUCUGUCUGGCAUUAGAAGAGGCAGCGAUGCCACAUUUGUAUGCGAAGGCUUAUGA